AUGUUCGCACAGUUGUUACUCGGUCGCGAUCUGCGAACACGCUUGGAUACACUCAUACCGUCAUGUGAGCAGCGAGUAGCGGCGACGCAACGCGCACAGGCGCGGGCCACCGGUGGCACGGUGCGCGGUUUUAGUCCCGGCGACACCGUGUGCCACCAGUGGUUCCUGACCGGGACAGCGGGGGAGUCUCGAUGGCAUCGGCCGCAGCCGGGGGAACCGCGCAGGAAACGCAGGGGCAACCAAGCCUUCCUCCCGAGGCUGCAGAAGGUGGGGUGCGGGGAGUACGCGAUCGUAGGCCACCGAUCCGCUUUGGAA